AGUGAGACAUCAAGAAGAAACCAAGAAAUUGCUUAAUUGCAAGACAAUGGUGUGAAAAUCAUAGAAAUAAAGACACCAGCACGCCACAAUGAUUCUGAAGUUGGUACUGCAUUUCAUCGUUUUGGUAAUAUGGAGCGUAGGUGUAGAGGUAUCAGCACAAGAUCACCCAUCCGUAGCAAAGCCUGGUUGCGAUUCGCGAUGUGGAGAUCUUCAAAUUCCCUUUCCGUUUGGAAUGAAGAGUUCAGAAUGCUACGCAGAGAAGUGGUUUGAAAUAGAAUGCAGAAACAGUGCCACAUAUCAUCAAACACCUUACCUCAAGUCAAUAGGAGUGGAAGUGACAUCCAUUGAUGUGGGAAGAGGCACGGUUACUAUCAACCAUCCUAUUUACCGUAGUAACUGCGGAACCAAACAUUCUCCGCCGGUCAACUACUCGCUCAAAGGAAGCCCUUUCGUGUAUUCCCAGAAAUACAACAAAUUUGUUGCCACAGGUUGCAAUAUUAUUGGUUAUUUGGAGGUAAACGGAUCAGAAGGCAGUGGUUGCGUCUCCAUCUGCGACCAGGACUACACGGUGGAUGAUAUCGGGAAGACGGACCUUUCAAAGGCCGGUUGUAAUGGGAAGUGGUGCUGUGCGAAUUCCCUGCCACCGUUUCUUACGGAAUACAGGGGUGGAAUAAAAGGUUUGAAGGAGAAUGAAAGGGGUGAUGAAUGCAGUUACGCCAUGAUUCUACAGCAAAAUCAUAACUUAUACCUAUACUAUUUUACUCAUUCUCCCCAAUCCUACUUCUUUUCUGUGUCUGGAGCGGUGAAGGAUCUAGAUUUGGUCCCUGCUGUGCUUGAAUGGGAGAUUCUCAACGAUUUCAGCCUUAAACUUCCUGCUGCAAAUCUCUCUCGCUGUUUUGACACUAAUAUUACUUCUUCACUCCAUAAACGUUCAGGCCAGAGAUGUUCCUGCACCACCGGUCCGGGUAAUGCAUACCUUCAAGGAGGUUGUUUAGGUAAAUAUAUAAUUAAGCUUUAUAAUUAUAAUGUUGACAGCAUUGAAUCAAUAAGUCCCAUAACAAUAUCUGCUGUCAUAAAAGGACUUUCUACAAGUUUAGGAUCCAUUAUUUUACUCAUUGUUUUAUGGCGAGUGUUCAAGGCUACAAAAUUAAUAAUAGUACAGAAGUACAGAGAAAAAUUGUUCAAAAGAAAUGGAGGAUUGUUGUUACAACAAAUAUUGUCUUCUGGUAAAGUUAAUGUGGAUAAAGUUAAACUCUUUAGCUUAAAAGAAUUGGAGAUGGCGACGGAUAACUUCAAUAUAAAUAGAGUACUCGGAAAAGGAGGUCAAGCUACUGUUUACAAAGGCAUGUUGGUAGAUGGAACGAUUGUUGCAGUGAAAAAAUUUAAGAUCGAAGGAAAGAUCGAAGAAUUCAUCAAUGAAUUUGUUAUUCUUUCACAAAUUAAUCAUAGAAAUGUGGUCAAGUUGUUAGGAAGUUGUUUGGAGACUAAAAUUCCUUUGCUUGUUUAUGAAUUCAUUCCUAAUGGUAAUCUUUUCGAGUACUUGCAUCAACAAAAUGAAGAUUUGCCAAUGACAUGGGAGAUGCGUUUGAGAAUUGCCACUGAAGUUGCAGGAGCCUUGUUUUACUUGCACUCUGCUGCUUCUCAGCCUAUUUAUCAUAAAGAUAUCAAGUCAACAAAUAUACUAUUGGAUGAAAAGUAUAGGGCAAAAGUAGCAGAUUUUGGUACAUCAAGAGUUAUUUCAAUUGAUGUUACUCACCUUACUACAGUAGUUCAAGGAACAUUUGGAUACUUGGACCCUGAAUUUUUUCGAACUAGUAAAUUCACAGAAAAAAGUGAUGUCUACAGUUUUGGAGUAGUUCUUGUUGAACUCUUAACGGGACAAAAGCCGAUUACCCUUCUAAGUCCAGAGGAAGCCAGAAGUUUAGCUUUAUAUUUCAUUACAUGUGUGGAGGAAAAUUGUGUGUUUGAUAUUAUUGAUGAAAAAGUGAUGAAGGAAGGGGAGAGAGAUCAUAUCAUGAAAGUUAUCAAUCUUGCAAGUAGAUGUUUAGAGUUAAAUGGAAAGAGACGACCAACUAUGAAGGAAAUCACAUUAGAAUUAGAAGGUAUUCGAAAAGUGAAAAAUGUACUUAAUGCACAAGAAGGACAUAAUGAACUUGUUAGAAGUGAAGAGUAUCAAUCUUGGGAUGAUAAUUCUACUAUUUCAGAAAUAAGGUCAACUUUUAAUCUUAGUAGCGGAGCACCGAGCACGGAAGAUAUUCAUAUUUUUACCAUAUAA